AUGAAUGGGAGCUCAUCUCUCUGGGUGGAGAGGGGGGUGGACGUCUCCACUCGUGUUUGUGUGGCUGUAUCAAAUGUGUCCACCUCUGUGGGUGUUGUAUUCGUAGAAGUUCUCACUGUCUCUGAUUCUACCGAGAUCAUCCGAUCGAAUUGCGCACUGCAGCCUAAGGCUGUGACGCUAUCGAGGGAGGGUGAGAAUGAAGGCCACGAGGGGUUCUUCUGGGGCCACAUCCCCAGUCUGCACGGAAUGCGAGAAUUUCUCAUGUUUUGGUAG